AUGCUAGAUGUAAACAGUUCCAAAACUUUAAAGGCUUACUUUGAUGAAAAGAAUAACUAUUUCGAGAAUAUUCUUAAGCGUGAACUAGAUGGAAGUUACGAUGUCAGUUUCAACAAAGAUGUAAUUGUUAAAGCACUUAAAAACUAUGAUACACUAGUGUCGGAUCCCAGAGGUGUGUUUGCUGGACCGGCUUAUUUUUUGUAUGGGAGUCGCUCUUUCAUGCAAGUUGGAGCUGAUGAAGAGAAUAUCAAGAAACAUUUUCCGAAUGCUGAACUCAUAAAAUUUGAAGGAGUUUCCCACAACAUUCAUGCUGAAGGUCGAGAAAAGUUUUUAAAUAUUAUUGUGGAUUGCUUGACACAACAAAAAUACUGAUUAAUAUCACGAAGCUGUUUUAAUGUAUUCAUAAGAAAUAUUCUCACACAAAAAGUAUGCUUAAAAUUACCAGCCAAAAUUUACCGUGUUUCUGACUUUAUGGAGACACCAUUAUGUACGCCAGUUUCGGAAGGACUUAGUGAUUGAUUUUAGCAAAAUUGAAAAUAUAAAUAUGAUUUUAGAUUUUAUAAUAAGUGAAAAAAUUUCUUCACUUCGGCAAAAUUUAAAACUUUUAACAUGAUACCUUUGAGCAUGGCAUACGAGCCAUUUAUUUGGUUUAAUUUACUUCUCAGUUACGUAUUUUCCA